AUGAGGAUCCGUUUCUUGCUCUUCUUCGUCUUUUUAACCGUCCAAAGAUCCGCGCAAAGGAUCGACAGGGAAGGUACCGCGGCCAGAGAAGGUGGACCGGAGGAUUCCUCGAACGAUGCACUUUCGAUCGAGGAUCCGAAGCGCGCGGAGGAGUCGAGGGACUCGCUGAGGCAAGCGAUCAAUUCCACGAGUCCCAGCACUCAGGUGACGGCGACCAGGCAAGGUCCUUGCCAGUGCGGCGGAGGCGUCUGCGGAUGUUGCUCCAGGAUUCUGUUCGACACCUGGAAGCAGAAGGCAUGCGUGAACGUGACCUAUGACCCGGACGAGUUCAGCUUCACCGCGAAAAUCUCGAUGAACGACAGAGUCCUGUACACGAGAACAGUGUCCGGGAAGAAUCCUCGACCGAUCUGCGUGCCAGUGCCACGACUGCCGAUAGUCAAAGCUUGCGUCAGGUUCUACAAUAUCUAUUUUCAAGGGAGGAACAUUCAUCUGUGCGUGAACAUGGAAGGGAGAUUCAGAGAGACCACCUUGUUCAAGGUCGGACUGGACUGCAUCAGGUUCGGCUCGAACGGUUUAGCUUUGGUAAAGCCGGAAGACGGCGGUGGAGUGGGUCAAGUGGAGUUUCUACCAGGCGACGACGACGAUGACGACGAUUAUGACUACGAUGACGAGGACAACGAGGAUGACGACGAUGACGACGACGACGACGAUGACGACGACUAUUUGUGA